CCUAGCUGUCAAAACUUCAUAUUUCAAGGACUGCCUGAAUUUUUUGAAUACAAAGACGGUUAAAUUUACGAAUUUGGGAGAAGACUUUUAUUUUUUAUGAUAAAUUAAAAAAUGAGAAUAUAUAAUUAAGUAAUAAUGGCUUUAAUAAAUUGGAGAAAGACGGAAAACGAAGCUGGAUAUCCGUGUUACAUAGACGAAGAGAGUGGUAAACAGGAUUUUAAUCAUCCAAACUUUAACGCAAUUGAAAAGUUAUUAGAAGAACAUGAUGGGAUUAAAUAUAGUGCAUACAAAAUUGCUUUUAAAAUAUUUGUGUUACAGAAACAACUGAAGGUUCCACCGCUAAGAAUAAGUUCUGGAGUAUUUGCUAGGCAUCAGUUGAGCUUGUCUGAAAGUAGUCUAUCGUUGGAUAUCCCAGAGUUGGAAGCUGUUCUUGCUGAUAUAUACUUUGCGGCUGAAAAGGAAGGUCUCUUUGUUGGAGAUGUAGAUUUGACUGUGGAUUUGGUUAUUAAUUUGACACUUAAUGUUUAUGAUGAACACAGAAACACGCAAAUUAGAGUACUCGCAGCAAAAACACUCUUGAUAUUAUUGAGUGAGGAGUCUGUUAAUGACAAAUGGUUGGCACUUGCCAACUGCUGUGCUGAUCACAAUGGCUGUGUCUCUCCAAGACGAUUAUCAGCUUUACUGUCACAUGUUGUGGCCUUGACAAAGUACCUGGGAUGCUCGGGUGAUCAAGUUCAGAGUGACGUUGACUCAUGUUUUAAUAAGAGCGCUGGUAUGCUGGGUGUAAGUGCUCGUGCAGUGGCCGACUGGGGCGUAAACAAUUGUUCCAGUACUAGGUGGCUCUCGGUGGCACACAGGGUCGUAGCCAGUAGGAAUUGUGCGACGGCGAAUGCUUCUUGUGUUCUGUGUGUACAGCCACUUAUACAGGUGCUUAAAUUCAAGUGUGCUAAAUGCACUGAUGUAUAUUUCUGUGAAAAAUGCUAUUUAUAUGACAGGGAUUUGAGCCAUGUUGCUGGACACAAAAAGACUCAUUUAGUUUUUGAAGUUAAUGAUGGAGAGAUUAAACCAUCUGAAUGCAUGAGUUUCAUGAAGGGUAUGAGACGGUUUUUCUUUUGCACAAAAACUGGAAAGAAAAAGGCAAGUAAGAAGUGUAGUAAAAAGAGAAAUGACAAAGUUGCCCGUGCUGCGUCCGUAAAAAGGAAAAAAGAAGAGAAACCCGCCAUUUUUACAUCCACAGUGGGUAAGGCUUCGGGCAAUAAAGCAAAUAAUCCAGCGACAACAUUGCAAGAUAUUAUUACGCAGUUGGAAAAUCAAACUCAAGCACUACAGGAUAUAUCAGAUAAACUACAAAAUGUUGCAAAAGACUGUGAUGAUGAAUUGAAAUUGAAAGUAGAUGCGCAUUACUGUCAAAUAACAGCACAAAUCAGCAGGUUAAAGGAAUUAAAGGAAAAUCUCACAGCAGACACGAACACGGACAAAACAGAGCGACCACAAGCCUUCGACCUCUUCAGUCCGAUACCAGUGGACGAAAAACAGGCAAAACUGACGGAAAACAUUAAAAACCAGCCACGCAUUCUAAGCAUGGAUUCUGGAAACUUCUCUGUGACGUCAAAGCAUGAGAGUCAGAAUCUAUUGACGAUGUCCGGAGAUGCGUUAAAGCCUAUAGUAGUGCACGCUACAUCGGACAGUAUAUCCGCUGUGUCUAUGAGCGAUAUGAGCAAUUGGUAUAAUGAAACAACAGGUGACCGCCGUCCACCAAGAAUAGAUCGCACGAACCAAAGCAUAUCAGCAACAGAACAACGAUUCGCGGCUGAUAUCCGAUCAGUGGAAACUAGCAAUGAUAAGAUGAAGGAGUUAAACGCUGACUUGGAUACAGUGUUGGAUAGAUUGCAGCAGAUAUUGACGCACAACUUCACUGUGGAUGAAUCGUGUUUCGACAACAGUCAAUUGAGAGAGACAGCGAACGAAAUGGAGGGACUUCUUGGAACGUUAAUCCGAGGCGUCGAACAAAGGGCCACGCUCAAUGCUUCUAAAGGAAUGGUAUAGAAUUACAUAUAAUAUAAAACAAUUUAUGUUUUAAAUUUAAUAUAAUGACUAGUACAAUGAUUAUUAUAUGUGUUAAAUUGACACAUAAUUUUAUAUGACAUUUUAUAUGCUGUGAUAUACAUUAGAGAAAGGUGAAGGCAGGAAUGUCUCAAUUACUUCUUUAUGUUGAAUAUUGUGAAAAAUCUGUCCACUAGAAAAAUGCUUUAUUAUACUGCGCAAUUAAUUACGUAAGUUUAUGACCUAAUAGUAUAUUAUAGUAUUAUUUAUAGACAUUAAACUUUUAGAUUAACUUAUCACAGACACAAUAGAAAAUCUAUUGUGUCUCGGUCUCAUUGGGCCGCUCGGUGGUCAAGACAUAAAGAAAAAAAGUGAAAUUUUACAUUCCAUGUUGUGAUGCGUUUUUAGACUGACAUUCAUGAAUUGAAAAAUUGUUAUAUUAUAUAUAUUGUGUUUUUCUUAUAUAUGUACUUAAGUUCUUACUCUUUAACAGUUCUAAAAGUAUUUAACUGCGGCUUGAGGUAUAUACUUAUAAUAAAAUUAAUAGGAAAAUUUUUAAUCAUUAGAAAUAGAUUAAUUUUAAGUGUAAAUGAUCUGAAUAAUGAAUACUCAGAAAAUAUGAAGAUAUCUAGAUAUAGUGCUGUUGAUGAAUUUUUAAAUUAAUCCAUGGCUGGACCGUUUUUGGUAUUUUUUGUGAAAUAAAUAUACAUACAUAAUAUGUAUGUCUCACUUAUUUUUACUGAUACAUAUAUUAUAUGUAUCAGUAAAAAUAAGUGUGACACUUCUCAAAAUGAGGUGAUAUUAUGUACAAUCAUAUUAUGGAAUAAUAAUAAAAUUUGACAUUGAAUUAAGUUGACACAAUGACACAUAGAUGAAUUAGUUUUUAACAAAAUUCAACACAUAUUUAAUAUGUACUACAUGACUAAAAUAUAUUGAUAUACAAGACUAGUACAAUUAAUGUUCAUAAUUAUUCUCGACUCGUUUUCUUCGAUAUGUAACUAAAAAGAAUAAACUAAAGCUUAUAGAAAUUUAAUUUAAAACCAGACUAAAAAUCCUAUGUUAUACUAACUGUAAGAAAUUUCAUUUAACAUUCUAAGGGAAAAAUACUUUUCAAAUUAAUUAUAAUGUUAAUAGAUUUUAACAUCAUGCCGUCCACUUAGGUGCUCAAUAAGUAAGCUUUAUUUAGGUAGGUUCUAGUACAAAUAAAACGAAAAACAUUUAGAAAAGUAACAUGCCAUAUAUUUUUAUAAAAAAACACUUUAAAUACCGCCGUGUAAUAUUAUAUAAAAAUAAGUAUAAGUUAUGUAGAUGUUUAAAUCUUUACAUUAAUUAGGCUAAGCGUAUUGUCAACCUUAAAGUAUGUUUGGGUGUGUGCGUUAUUAUAUUAUAUGUGUGCGUAGUGCGUUAUUGUUAUAUUAGCGACCUAUUUACGCGAUUAGCACAUUUAUAAUUUAAUGUGAUAAGUACUUAACUUUAACAAUUUAUAAUACCAAGAUUUCCAGAAUUAUGGAAAAAUUAAAUUAAAUUAAAAAUUGCCGUGAAAAUUAUACGUAACACAGUAUAUGUUUAUUACAAUCUAAAUGAACUUAUUUUAACAAACAUAAAGUACUUAUCAAGUUAACAUACUCACAUCUUAAGCUCUUAAUUUUAAUCUCGCACAGUAAGACCCUUUAUCUAAUUAUAAUAUUAAUAUAUUCAUCGAAUUUUCGCAUCAAAAACUUAUUUAAAUUUUGUUCAAUGCUUAACCUAAUCAACGUUUGUCUCUUUCACUCUUAAAUAAUUUGACAAAUGAGGGAGUGAGAUAAAACAUUGAUUAGUUUAAACAUUGACGAAGGUAAGGGAAUAGACUUAUGUUAAUUCAGCAAUUAGAUUGCUAGAGCACAACCCAGAGUACUUAUAGUGAUAUAAUUUACAAGGAUUUAUGUAAAUAAUAGUGUUAAUGCAUAUGCAAUAAAUGAAUCUCUUACGGA